AUGAUAUAUGAUGAGGUCAUUGCAGACAUUGAGACCAACCCUAGAGGGAUAUUCUUUAUUAAUGGAUAUGGUGAAACUGUUAAGACUGCCUUGUGGAGAGCCCUCUAUUCUGCUUUAAGGUGUAAGGGUGAAAUUGUUCUAAAUGUUGCGUCUAGUGGCAUAGCUUCUCUUUUAUUACUAGGGGGAAGGACUGCGCAUUCUAGGCUAACUAAGAAUAUGCGCCUAAGAGGGAUACAAUCAGAGCUUGAAGUUGAAGAGAUUGAAGAGUUUGCAAAAUCGAUAGCUAAUAUUGGUGAUGGAGUUAUUGGUAAUUCAAGUGACAGUGAAACAGAGAUCACAAUUCCAAAUAACUUAUUACUUCAAAGUAAUUGUUAUCCUAUUGCUACAAUAAUUGAUAGUAUUUUCCCUAUGUUUCGGAGUGGUAAAAAUGAUAUUAGUGAUCUUCAACAUAGUGCUAUUUUGGCUCCAACUAUGGAAGUGGUUGAUGGCAUCAAUCAAUAUAUGAAUGAUCAGAAUCGUGUUGAAGAUGACCAAGAAGCCAAUGCCAUACAAAAGGAGACACAUGAGCAAACAAGAGGGCAAUAG